UACAGAGCAGACUGCAGAAGUUUCUCCUGGUAGUGCAAUGAAUAUUUACAUUAUGUAUCUUUCUCUAUGAUAGUAAACACGUCCUUUGUUUUCUGCUUGAGCAUCCUGUACCAACGGACAUGGUCGCGUUGUCUGGUUACAAAUAAAGCUAACGUUACCUACGGUUUAGAAUUGAACGACAAUAGACGCCAGCUAACUCACCAUAACAUUGUAGUGUUCCUUUCUCUUAACUUGUCCUCUCAACUCCUAUCACAUAGUCAUUCACUCUCUGGUAAAGCGGAAACAGAGCUUCCUCUCAAAGUACGAGGCAUGGACGAUCAGAGUGUGACCAGAGUGGUCCUGUUGGCCUGCGGGUCCUUCAACCCCAUCACCAACAUGCACCUGAGGAUGUUUGAACUGGCUCGAGAUCAUCUGGAGGACACAGGUCAGUACAGGGUGGUGAAAGGCAUCAUCUCUCCGGUGGGUGAUGGCUAUAAGAAGAAGGGUUUGAUUGAAUCCUGCCAUCGUCUGGAGAUGGCCAGAUUGUCCACAGAGAACUCAGACUGGAUCACAGUAGAUUCCUGGGAAGGCUUGCAGCCAGACUGGGUGGAGACAGCCAAAGUCAUUCGGCAUCACUAUGACAAGCUGCUUGCAGCAGAGCAGAGCAACGAUGAUGUGGACACGGUCAAGUACGCAAAAAAGAGACGUAUAGAGGAAAAUUCUGAGAAAUCAUCUCAUUGCACAAGGAGAGACGGCCCUCAGCUGAUGUUGCUUUGUGGGGCUGAUGUCCUCGAGUCCUUUGGAGUACCCAACCUGUGGAAGCAGGAGGAUAUUGCUGAGAUUGUGGGCCGCUACGGUUUGGUUUGCAUCACCCGCAGCGGCAGUGACCCCCACAAAUUCAUCCACAAAUCAGACAUGCUGUGGAAGUAUCGCAAGAACAUCCAUGUGGUCCACGAAUGGGUGACCAACGAGAUCUCAGCCACUCACGUACGCCAGUCGCUGCGGCGCGGUCGGAGCGUCAGGUACCUGCUGCCAGACGGCGUGGUUAAUUUCAUACGAGAGCACGGGCUCUACAGCGCGGAGAGCGAGGAGAAGAAUGCAGACGUGGUUCUAGCACCUCUUCAGAGAUACUCGGAUGCCUCCUCAAGCUGAGGAAGUGUACUGCUGCAGAAACAGGGAUGUCAGCUUUUUACACUGUGUGUUUCACAAUCCAAGCGUCCACCAGUGCCUGCUGAACAGAUAGUAAUGGGUGUGUUUUUUAAGAAGAUAAAUCUACAUAGACUUUUCUGAGGGAAGUGAUUUAGUAACAAUUAAAUUAGCAUACGUGUGUGUGUGUGUGUGUGUGUGUGUGUGUGUGUGUGUGUGUGUGUGGAAACAAUUUCAAAAAACAGAAUAAAUGCGCAACUGGCUGGGAGGUCAUCUAAAUGUCAUUGCUGCUGUAGAAAUAAAUCUGUUGUGUGCUAAUUGAACUAUGGAUUCACAAUUUUGGUGUGAAGUAGUCAGCCUACAGUGCGUCUAGUGUUUCGUGAAAUAUGAUAGGAACAAAUGUAUUUGCUUUACCUCAAUGUUUCGGUAUACUCUCUCUCACCACGUUUUUGUACCUAGAGCACGGUUUGUUCGUGCACUCCCUCAUGUUAAAGCAGGCAAUAUGCUUUCAACAUGUUUACUUAUGAUACUUUUUUUACUGUUGCUUAAGCGCGAUUUUGAAAACAGGGCUCAUUGAGUCAAAACUACACACAGUCCACACAACCGCACGGACAAGCAGCAAGUCUUUUGCAAAAUGAAAGACUUCAUUUAAACUUUACUACAGUUUUCAGAGAUGUUGUUAGAGUAAAGUACAUGAAUAUGUUGAGCAAACAACACACAAGACUAGCAGCAUUUUGCACUGACAGUCUAAAAAGAAUAUAGUUAAUAAAGACAGCAUUGUGGAGACAAAAAAUAAAGCGUAAAUUUCAAUUGCUAAUACACAUUUUUGAAAGCAGGCUUCUCAAUGCUCUCUUGGCUUCCAUUGUUGUUGUAAACUGGCACUCACCUGUGGUCUUUUCUAUAGUGCUGAUUGAUUAAACGACAUUGAAAUAAA